AUGAUCCUGCCCUCCAUUCUGCUGCUUGUUGCCCACACCCUGGGAGCAAAAAUUGAAUGUGGUACGAGACCCCUGUAUGACAGCAGAACUCGCCACUCCAGGAUCAUAGGAGGGCAGGAGGCUGAGGUGGGUGAGUUUCCAUGGCAGGUGAGCAUUCAAGAGAAGAGACAUCAUUUCUGUGGUGGCUCCAUUCUCAGCAAGUGGUGGAUCAUCACCGUGGCUCACUGCUUUUAUGAUGAUGAGAUUUCCCCAAGAGAACUGACUGUCAAAGUGGGAACUAAUGACUUAGCUGCCUCACCCGUGGAAAUACAGGUCGCCAACAUAAUUCGCCACAAAAACUUUAAAAGAAUCAACAUGGACAAUGAUAUUGCCUUGUUGCUGCUGGCCAGCCCUAUCCAUUUCAACGACCUGACAGUGCCCAUCUGCCUGCCUCUCCAUCCCGCCCCUUCCAGCUGGCAUGAAUGUUGGGUGGCAGGAUGGGGCAUAAUCAACUCAGCCGACAAAUUAUCUAUGACAACUGACCUGAUGAAGGUGCCAAUGCGUAUUACGGACUGGAAGGAAUGCACGGAGGUGUUUCCAAUGCUGACCAAUAACAUGCUGUGUGCUGCAUAUGAUAAUGAGAGCUAUGAUGCCUGCCAGGGAGACAGUGGGGGACCUCUUGUCUGCAAUGCAGAGCCUGGCAGCAGGUGGUACCAGGUGGGCAUCAUCAGCUGGGGCAGGAGCUGUGGACAAAAAGGCUCCCCAGGAAUAUACACCGUGCUGUUGAACUAUACCCAGUGGAUUGAGAAAAUAGCCCAGACAGAGGGGAAGCCCCUGGAUAGUGAACAUUGGAGGGUCUCUGUCAAGAAGAAAGCCAGAAAUCACAGCCAAUUCUCCAAAUGUCCAGCAUUGAGCCAUCCCCAAAGUUGGCUUCUGCCUUAUCUUCUGUCCUGUGUGUUACUCAGAGCCCUGUCCAACUGGGAAUAA